AUGGUUGGCGGUUCUCGAACUGUCGAUCUUCCUGAUACCUACGUCAAUGCACCUGAUAGCCAUAUCCGCAUUUCUAAUUCCCCGGACUCGGCAUGUGGAGUGACACCUAUCCAGGUCGUAACCUUAAAUAGACCCGACAAACUAAAUGCAAUUACAAGGGGCAUGAUCGAUGCUCUUAUUACGUUCUUUUCGAUCGUCGAUGUGGAUGAUCGAGUCAAAGUCGUCAUCCUAACAGGUGCAGGUAGAGUAUUUAGCGCCGGAAUUGACCUGAAUGGGGACUUCAGCCAGGCGAAAAACAAAUUGCGGCCUAGUGAGAUGCGGGAUCCGGGAGGCACACUGGCACUUUCCAUGUUCAAUUGUACCAAGCCCAUUAUAGUGGCGUACAAUGGCCUCUCCGUCGGCAUCGGAAUGACAUCCACUCUAGCGGCCGCGAUUCGUAUUGCACCACGUAAUGCAGAAUUUGGGUUCCCAUUUUCAAGAAUUGGCCUUACAAUGGAGUCAUCCAGUUCCUUUUUCCUCCCGCGUAUGGUUGGAUAUAGCAACGCCACAUAUUUGCUAGCGACUGGACAACGAUAUCCCGCACAUUCGCACGUCCUCCACGGAAUCUUUGCGGAGCUUCUUCCGGAGCCUAAGGAUGUUUUCCCCGCGCAGUUGGACUUGCCCAAGACAUUCUGUCUAACUUCACGUAAAUCGGCAGCUCAUUUGGCGGAACCCUGGCUCUGCAGAAGGCGCACAUCUGGUGGACAGCCCUCUCCUUUACGACAUGUUUGGUGGAAGUAUAUUGUCCUCAUGGUUAUGACCUUUACUGACUCACUCAGGGACCAUCUUGAAUUCAAAAAAUCUUUCUUUGAGAAACGUCAGCCAGAAUUUACAGAUGAAUUAUCAAAGGAUGCGCCUCGAACCUAUCCUUGGUGGAGCGAGGUGUCGGUGGAGACUAAGCCGACGGCUCACAGACCACCUAGCAGUAAACUCUGA